AUGCGGAAGGUCCACGCAAUUGGACGGCUAAGAGGGACUCAGGUAUCGGAGCCGGAGGCGGAAAUAGGUUCAGAAGAGAGUCAGGAACAACUUGAGGAGCCUAUGGGGGAUAAGGAGGGCGAGAAGGAUGACUCUGGCCCAGACUCCAGCGAUCUGGCGUCGGGGAGCGAUGGGCGCACAGUGGAGGACGUUAAAGAUGGGGAGAUCGAGGCAGGUUUGAACGAGGAGCGUAGGCUCACCGUCAUCUUCAUCUCCUCGUCGUCCCCUGGCCUCGAGAAUUCCGAGCAGAUGGUUCUUUUCUAG